AUGGAGCAAAUUCAUCACAUCACAGACAUAUUAUGGCCACCAAAGUGGAGGACGGCAUUGCUUGCAGUCCAAAACAAUUCGCUUCUUCUCUUGAGCCGUUGCCUUGACUCAUCCGUCCGUCUGAAGCCUUUUCUCCGAAAAGCUCCUGCUCGCGCCGCUCGCGCCGCUCGCUCGUCGCCUCACGAGGCUCCGCGCUUUCUGACGAAGCUUCGCGACAAAAGCGGGACGUUUUCACAGUUUGAGGUUGGGAGGGAGCGGCUAGAAGGAGAUCUGGUCUUGCAGAACGGCGAAAAUAUUUUUACUUUGCAGCUGGGGUUUCCUUUUCGGACCAAGCUCACCAUUUCCGCAGCGGGUUGGACGAGGGCCAAAGUUGGCUUUGAGGGCGAUGAGAUCCUCUCGUCCAACUAUGUGGAAGUUGGCAUCCAGCUCCCGAAGGUACCAGGCCUCACCAACAUCAUGGAGUACUUUGUGAAGAACUAUGGCACACAGUCAACGCAAGAAUGCACAGAUGCUUUGGCAAGAGCGGCAGAGCGACUGCCAGAGACACCCUUGCAAAGCAUUGAGGACACAAUGAAGGAAUUUUUAAAGCCGCUGACGGAUCCUGAAGGAAACGAAAAAAAAACUGGUAGGGAGUGGGCCUGGAAGGCCACCAACGUAGAGUUCUUCUGUUCUUCUGUUUCCCCUCUGCAUGGGGCCGUGUUCAUUCAGACCGCUCACGUUGGGAGGAGUCCAGGUGAGCUCCAUGAGUUUCACCCAACGCUCUUUUGGCAUGAUAUUUUUUAA